GUUUCCAUUCGAUCAAAUAAGUCCGAGAAGUUCGAAUGCCUUCGUACAACACAAAUAGAAGUCACCGAUGAACUCGUCAUCGUACCGAAGAAACAGUUCAUUUGUGCAACCUUGAGGCUAUCGAGGGACGAUGCCAUCUUUAUUGGAUCUCUAUCGGUGCCUUAGGGGUCCGAAAUUAUUUCGGAGGCACAAAAAUGAAAACAGACAGGCCCAAAUCUACAACCCAAACAUAAUGGAAUCUACGGGUAACAAGUUCAUCAGUGUGAUGAGGUUCUGUUUCUCAUUCUCCUACUGGACGUCCCCUGUCGUGCUGUCCCUUAUGUACAGAAGAGGUUACUUCUGUGUGGACGGUUUAGUCAGUCUGGGAAAGUUUGGCUGCUCUAUCAGUGUCAUCUACUUGUUAGCCUGGUUGUUGAGAGGAUUAGGCCGAUCAUGCAAUACGGAUUAUAUCACCUUUAUACAAAUCCUUACUAUGGCUUCUACAAUACAAAACCAGGCUGAGAGAAAUAAAAAACUAUCAGAAUUUGAUUUUGAAUUUUGGGCGUGGCCAACAGAUUUCUCUUUUACCAAUGCUGGAAGAUCAAGAGAGCAAGGUAGUCCACACCAAGCAGCUGGAUCAAUCUCAGACUACCCACUGUCAGUUCUCAGUUACAUGUGUGCAAACACCUUCGGUCGCCGUAUGAUGUACCCUGGCUCAACGGCACUCAUCAACACCCUCCUAGAAAACAUGCUGAUCCAGGAGAGGGGAAGGCUGGUGGAUGAUUGCCAGGGGAGGAGAUGUAAGGUGCAGACGGAGGACAAAAACGAGAUAGACACCAUGUUUAUAGACCGCCGAGGAACACCGGGACAGGCGGGAAGAACGCUGGUGAUAACGUGUGAAGGGAAUUCCGGUUUCUAUGAGAUUGGCUGUACAAAGACACCACUUGAUGCUGGGUACUCCGUUCUCGGCUGGAACCAUCCAGGAUUUGCCGGGAGUUCUGGCUCCCCCACACCUGAGCAGGACCAGAAUGCUAUCGAUGCUGUGAUGCAGUACGCCAUUCAGAAGCUGAACUUCACCCCGGACAACAUCUCGUUGUUUGCGUGGUCAAUAGGCGGCUACCCUGCCUCCUGGGCCGCAAAGAACUAUCCUGACAUCAAAUCGGUGACACUUGAUGCCACAUUUGAUCACGUAGAGCCUUUAGCUGUUGCCAGGAUGCCUCAGUUUGCCAAAGGGCUUGUCUCCCGCACCAUAAAAACCUACCUGAAUCUGAACAAUUUGGAACAGAUUUGUCAGUAUCCAGGCCCUGUUCUGUUCAUCAGAAGAACUCAGGAUGAAAUGAUUACUACCCGUUCACUAAAAAUAGGGGAGACCGCAAUGAUGUCCUUGCCCAGCAACAGAGGGAAUGACUUGUUAGUAGGAUUUCUAAAGCAUAGGUACCCAAAUAUUGUAGACGAUACAACUAUGUCUGUCCUUACAAGAUGGUUAGCUGAGAAAACAGAAAGACAAUAUAUGUUGUGUGUUGACCAUGGUGUGGAUGAAAAUGAAUGUAUGCGGGAACUCGGGCACACAAACGAUACAUUCCCGUCAGAUAUUGGAGCAGGGUUUUCUGAUGACUUAAAAAAGAAAAUGACAUUAUAUCUAGCAACCAAGCACCUGAAGAACUUUGAUACAACCCACUGUACACCGUUACCCCAUGACAGGUUUGAAGAGCCCUGGCGAGCAAGACCACACAAUAUGUAAACCAGGUGACACACCCAACUCCAGGGGUGGGGUUCAUCGUUAUGUCGAGGAGUGAAGCUGAUAGAAGAAUGUGUUUAAUUGCAUGUUAUAUCAGCACCUAAAAUGUCCAUGAACUUUUAAAUGAUUUUUUUUUUCUCACAUUUUAUCGUGUCUAGGAAAUUUAGGGAGAACACAUGUAAUGUUUUGUCUCAAUCUAUCAUUACUGCUUUGAUUUUUCUGAAGGAUAAUAUGAAACUGUUGCAAGCAACUGCUGAACCUGAACAAAUUUCUGCUGUCAUUUUAAUGUCUUUACCUAUUUAUUACUGUGUACAAGCAAUUAUUAAGAUUUUAUAAAUACCUAAUAAUGCUUUUCUGGUGGUACAUGAACAAGUAUCUGAUUACACUGAAUUGGUUUAUAUCAUCUAGUACACAGUUUGUACCUCUACUGGUACACAGAUUGUACCUCUACUAGUAAACAGCUUGUACCUCUAUUGGUACACAGUUUGUACCUCUACUGGUACACAGCUUGUACCUCUACUAGUAAACAGCUUGUACCUCUACUGGUAAACAGCUUGUACCUCUACUGGUACACAGCUUGUAUCUCUAUUGGUACACAGCUUAUUUCUCUACUGGUACACAUCUUUUACCUCUCCUGGUACACAGCUUAUAUCUCUACUGGUACACAUCUUUUACCUCUCCUGGUACACAGCUUGUAUCUCUACUGGUACACAGCUUGUACCUCUACUGGUACACAGCUUGUACCUCUACUGGUACACAGCUUGUAUCUCUACUGAUAUACACAGCUUGUAUCUCUACUGAUAUACACAGCUUGUAUCUCUAUUGGUACACAGCUUAUAUCUCGACUGAUAUACACAGCUUGUAUCUCUACCAAUAUACACCUUGUAUAUCUACUAGUACACAGCUUGUAUGUCUACUGGUACACAACUUGUACCUUUAUUCGUGCACAGCUUGUGCUUCACUUUUAAACAGUUUUAUCUCUACUAGUACAUAACUUGUAUCUGUACUGGUCUAAAGUUUGUAUUGGUACACACCUAUUUGACAGAGUAUGAUUUUGAAAGAGUAGACUGUGGUCUAUUCCACUGACUUGUGAGAAUGUAUACUAUAAAUAUCACAGAUCGAUUAUGUGUGUAUAUGUUGUUCAUUGAAUGAAAGAACUAGUCCUGUACUGGUGAUGUCAAUUAAUGCCCCCAGGGUAAUUAUGCUUUGUUGUGGAGUUCAUAGGUCAUAGUGUGAACUUCCUUAUAGUAAAACCAUUAACAUCAUUAAUUAUAUAAGUGGUUAUGUGAUGAAACAAAUUAAAAUACUUGUCCUAAAUUAUUAAUGUUGUAUACUGUUGUUAUAUGGUUGGAUACAUGAACAAUGAAAUUUCUAUGCCUGCAAAAUAUGAAACCAAAAAAGGCACAAAUCAGAGAGUGAAAUUACUUACAGUGAAACCUGUAGACAUGUUUUGUAUUUAUUACUGUGCUUUAUCCAUCAUUCCAACCUCACCUGGGACUCGCACUGUGUCCACUUCUUGACUAUUGAUUGACCAUUGUUAUAAAAUAACUUAAUUUUCAUUGACUAUAUUACUCAGAAACCAAUGCCUUUUAGAUUUUAUAAAAUUCGCUUUGUGUCCACUGCAAUCCCACCCCAUGAACGGAGUACACAUUUUCUUAUUGUUCAAAUCAUUUUGAUGGUAGCUUGUUCACUUUUGAUAUAAUAGUAAGAAUGUUUUGUCUCGCAUACAUAAUUGUUGGUAUAUUCACUUUCCCUGAAUCAACAAUUUGUACAGAAGAGUUGGACUAAGGAGCAGAGAGACUUAAGUAUUGAUAUUACUGUAGAAAUUUCUGUCAGUAGCUUUUAAACUUUUAUUUUACAACAAUUAUGAAACGGGUUACAAAGUUAUAGUAAUCAGCCUUGUUGGCCCGGAUAGAGGUGCGCAGGGAGUGUUGAUAUGGGAGAAGGACAGGGUACUCCGAGAAAACCCAGAUGGUCUAGAGUGGCAGAUAACUUAAUGGGUUUUUUCCCACAUGCAAUUGGGGAAUCGAACCCGGGCCGUUUUAUGUGAAAGGCAAGUGUGCUAAUCAUUGAAUCACCUGACCACCCAAGUCUGUAAUUCCACUUCAUUGUGAUGGCUGAUUUACAUGGUUUGAGGUAUUUGUGGACGACUUAGAUGCCUUGUACUCUGCUGUUGUCGUGUAAAUACAGAUAUAAGUAACGGUUUAUGUUGCCACUUUGUAUCACUUAGUCAUUAAACUUUGUCUACUUGAGAUUUUUAUAUACCUUUAUGGAAAAUCAGGAUCAUAAAAUGACUAAUAAACAAAUUUAACUGGAA